GAGCUCCUCGCAGCGCCACGCCUCGGAAUGGUCGUUCUGUGAUUGUGUUGUCUUCGUCCAAUUGGGCAGACGCAUCCAGCGUGUCGUCACACACGGCACAGAUUUUCACUUUGGGCGUAAAACAUCAUUUAAAUCAUGUCGUCUUUGUAUAAACCGUUUUCUGUUUCGGAGGGACCGUGUAAAGAUGUUAUACUGAGACGAGGAUGCACGCCGCAACAGCAUCCUGAAGCUCUGACCCGGAUUGCCUCCGCUGGCGGGGGCUCGACGCGCACUUUUACCCCAAUUCCCCAAAUUUACCCAGGCCAGAGGAAUCUAGCGGCCGCUGCUAUCGGAGGGAGAAAAAUCACCCAUCCGUGGAAGGCUAUUCUUGCAGGUGGCAUUGCUGGAGGCAUUGAGAUCUGCAUCACAUUCCCAACUGAGUACGUGAAGACCCAACUACAGUUAGAUGAAAGAGCUAACCCUCCUCGAUACCGAGGGAUAGGUGAUUGUGUUAAGCUGACAGUGCAGGAUCAUGGGUUGAGAGGUCUGUAUAGAGGGCUUAGUUCACUGCUUUACGGAUCCAUCCCGAAAUCUGCAGUACGGUUUGGAACAUUCGAGGUUCUUAGUAACCCGAUGAGGGACGCCACAGGUCGGCUUGACAAUAAAGGAAGUUUACUGUGUGGGCUUGGAGCGGGAAUUGCUGAAGCGGUGUUGGUGGUCUGUCCAAUGGAGACCGUCAAGGUGAAGUUUAUUCAUGACCAGUGCUCUCUGAGGCCACGCUACCGAGGGUUCUUCCACGGCGUACGGGAAAUCAUCAGAGAUCAAGGUGUUCGAGGGACAUAUCAAGGACUGACUGCUACACUUCUGAAGCAGGGUAGCAACCAGGCGAUACGCUUUUAUGUUAUGAACUUGUUGCGCAACUGGUACAAAGGUGAUGACCCCAGUCGUGACAUGCACCCGCUGGUUACAGCGAUGUUCGGAGCGACAGCUGGGGCAGCUAGUGUUUUUGGGAACACACCCCUUGAUGUGGUGAAGACUCGAAUGCAGGGUUUGGAGGCUCAUCGCUACAAGAGCACCAUGGAUUGCGCAUUCCAGAUUUUGAAGAACGAAGGCCCUCAAGCUUUCUACAAAGGCACAGUCCCCCGAUUGGGCCGAGUGUGUCUGGACGUUGCCAUUGUCUUUGUUCUCUACGAGGAAGUCGUGAAGCUACUGAACAACGUCUGGAGAACCGACUGAAGAUAGACCAGGGUGCAGAACUGAUCAAGAUAGACUGAACUAUCCGAACACAGUUGGCCACGUCAGUCAAGUUUUAAGAUCAAGACAUGAACCGUGAACUCUGGCCCAGAGGAUUUAAACCAUCUAUCUGUGUCUGUAUAGUUAAAACCAGGGCCUUAAGCAAUGAGAAGUAACCUGUAGCUUACAGUAUAUUUAUUGAUGCGCAAACAUAUUGAUGGAUGAAAAGCAUAUCAGUUUGCACUCUUCGGUAAAAUCAUGCAAGUGUCUUCUCACCACCACCAUGCUUUUAAAGAGAUUGUCAUGAGACAAUCCACUCAUGUGGCAUGAAAACAAAAAAGCACUACCAAGCACACAGAAAUCGCAAUGUAAUGCACAUGUUCUUUUGCCCUAGUUUACGUGCACAGUUACACUGAAAAUGGUUUAAAUGUGCUUUUGUAAGAACUUAUAUCUUGAUGUCGUCAUACAUCUCAAAACCGGUAGAGGCCAAGACAUUCCUGUUGAUAUUAAAUUUGCAUGCAUAAAUCGCAUCAACACCAGGAUGUUCAAGCUCGAGUACUGAGUCAGAAGAACUCAUGUUUCGUUUGCGUUUUUUAUAAAAUGUAAAUGGCAGCUUUUUUUUUUAUUUAUGUACAAGCUUUUUCAUUAACAAUCAUUUCCUCAUAAAGGUUGCCUGUUCUGUACUAGUUAUGCUACUUUUGUGUUUGUGUCCCAUAUAUAAGCAGUGCUUCAAAACAGAAUACGUCACACAGAUUCAAUAAACCAAAUAGGUUCA